AUGGCAAUCAACUGGCGUGGCGACAUCACAUUCGCCGACAGAUUGGCCGCAACCUCGAAAAUGCAAGUACCUUAUGCUCGGAUGGGACCCUCGGUUAUCGAGUAUCAUGAGCUGGUCGGCAAGAAUGUGCAACUAUUGCUCGCCUCUAAUGACACCAUUGCCGAUACCCAAGACCACCACAUUAACGAGCAUAUCUUCCCAAACCUACCCACUUCGGGAUCGAGUAUCGGUCGCUACAUCAACGCCCAACACCAUGCGGACGGGAUCUUCUCCGAAGUUUUCAAGGCCAUCGAUCCGAAUGCAAACGACAACGACAGUAACAGACUUGUGGCACUCAAGAUCACAACGCCUGAUAUGAUGACUGCGCCGCACGACUCGAAACGAGAGGCACGAAUUAUCCGGGCUGCCAUGUCGGAUCACGUUAUCGCGUUACUGAACACUUUCCAGCAGGCUGGAGGACAUUUUGUGCUAGUGUUCCCAUUCAUGCCAUUGGCACUCGAUGGUCUCCUGCGGAACAAUGUCCUUACCGAUGCUACACGGCGGACAAUUCUGCGUGAUCUGUUCUCCGGCCUGGCUCACCUCCACGACCUUGAUAUCAUCCAUCGAGACGUGAAGCCAGGCAAUAUCCUCCUCCGCUCACCCAGAGGCCCAGCGUACCUCUCUGACUUCGGCAUCGCCUGGUCCUCGACCGACCCAGUAUCAGAACCCGAAAACGAAAAGAUUCUAGACGUGGGGACGACAUGCUAUCGACCUCCCGAACUUCUCUUCGGCCAACAAGCCUACACCUCCAGCUUAGACAUGUGGGCCGCCGGCUGUGUAGCAGCCCAGAUAACAAGCCUAUCUAGCAAGACACUCUUCGAUGCCGGAGACCUGGGCAGCGAGUUGGCCCUCAUUAAAAGCCACUUUGAGACACUCGGAACCCCUACCCUCGCAUCCUGGCCGGAAGCGGAGUCACUUCCGGACUGGGGUAAGAUGAACUUCACGCAGUAUCAGGGAGGGACCUGGGAUGAAAUUCUGCCGAAUGCUACUGCGGAGGCGAAAGAUUUGGUGAGCAGUUUGGUGGUGUUUGAGUCUGGGAGGCGGCUGAUGGCGAAGGAAGUAAGUUUCAUGUCCCGAGCGACUGACAUUCGCAUUUGA